UCUUUCCGUCAGUCACGUGGAGAAGUUAGGCGAUUACGGUUCGAGUUUCGCGCCUCUCUCGACACUUUUCUCUUAUUAUUUUCUUCCAAAUUCUUCGACGACAAAGACUUGUGUUUUUCUCGAUCGUUUUGAUAGAGCAGGGAACAAGUGUCAAGAAAAACACAUCGAGAAACGCAUCUUUCAAGUAGCGGACAGGGAAGUGUACUGCGUCAAAUUCAAAGACUCUUGAUAGAAGAAAGCAAUUCGUUCGCGGUGGAGGGUGGCGAUCGAGUCAGAAAACAUCGACAUGUCACCCCUUUGCCCGUUAAAUACCAAAACGUCAAUGUCAGCGGUGACGUAACAAAAAUCGAGGUGAUGCUCGAGGAAGCACCGGACGACACCGUCCUUGCUGGGUCUAUACCCUCGGAAUUGGAUGCCGGCAUCGAAUUAAAUUCAACAUAUCCAGGAAUACCAGAAACGGGUGCGGUCGUGGUCAGAGCCGAGGAAGCUCUGAUCGUCGUCCUAGUUCUCGUCCUUUGGGUCGCAGCGAUAGCGUUAUUUUUUAAUCGAUGGGGAAAGAUCAGAAUGUUGGAGCCCUAUCAGCCAAAGUUUCAGCAACAACACAGGCAAAGCUGCACGAUGGUCGACAUGAACGCGCUUACGGAUCAUCCGGCGCACCAGGGUAGCUGCGUAGCCGGUAGCACCACCGAGUGCUGGAGGCCGAGACAGAACAGCGUCUUCGUCGGUUCGAGCAGCGCGUCCCUCGUCGCGGUCGAACAGGAGACACCGAGACGAGCCAAGAGCGCGUUCGACCUGCAGUCUCUCGUUUUGGCCGAGUGCACCGUAAGGAAUAGCGUCGAGGACGAUCGGCCGGAGAACGAGGAAGCGGGCACGGCGAGUUCGAAGGAAGCACCGAUGUUAACGGCGGCGGCCGCCCCGCUUACGGAACCAUCGAAAGUGGGUCAACGUAGGACGAGCGUUUGUAAGUCGUUGGACAAGCCGCUGCAACAACGCGAGAGGGGUAUGAGCGUGUGUCAGGUCGAUCGCGGAGAGUAUCAGAUUCUUCAGAGCAGAGCGUCGCAGAGAGAUCGAGGUAUGAGUAUCUGUUACUUCGAUAGAACGGACGUCUUGGCGAGACCCCUUCAGAGGGAUCACCGGGGCUCGAGUAUUUGUCACUUCGACAGAAUGGACGUGCUUGCGAGGCCACCUUUCCGCGAUCGCGGCAGCAGCGUUUGCCAAUUCGACAGAAUGGACGUUUUGGCACGUCCGACUUCCUCCUAUCUCGGUAAGUCCCUCCUGAGAGAGAGACGCGUGAGCGUUUGCAACUUCCUCGAGAAGAACGAGGAGCCCGUGCUCCGAGCUCCCAACGUCCCUGCUAACGCCUCGCAGCAAGCCUUCCAACGCUACGGACGAUCCAGCGUGAGCGACGUCGACAAAAUCGAGACCGCUCUUCGACCGACUCCGUCUCCUUCUCCCGCCUCGAAGAAGACCGCUCGGGAUAACAAGGACGUUUCCCCUUCGGUUCUCGACCGCCAAGGGGACCUUCGCUCCGAUCGGGAUAAGGAAGAGAACGGCGGCAUCGCGUAUCUCUUCGAUCGACCGUCCUGCAGCAAAACGCCGGACGUUGUGCUAGGGUAUAAAGCGACUUGCGUUUAAAGGGACGCGACGCGACGUAUCGUCGCAACGCAUACUUCGUAUCUUCGAAGUUUCCUCUCGAAAGCGGCCGAACGGAACGAACUCGAAGCCUUUGCGUACUAGCAAUUUCGGAUGGAACGAAUCUUUUCCUCGCGAUCGAGUAACCUGGUAACGAAACGCAUCGGAGCCGAGAUCAUCGUUGCUCGAAUCUGUUGCUAAUCGAGAAGUAAAUUUGCUCCUUGAAUCGCGUCGAUAUAUCGUAUAAAGAAUUGAAAGAAAGAUCGGUUCGCAGGAUGGUUGUUCGUAGCAGCAACGAAGAAUAGCAGCGUUUAAAUGGGAUAUCCCGAGAAAAAGUUAUUAGAAAAAUAUACCUCGAAAAGAUGCAUUUUUUUAUCGCUACGUUUACUCCUACGACCACUCUGUUAUAUUAACUGUCGUUCGAACGUUCCUAUUUAAAUAGUCUAUGGAUAUACGUGUAAUUCUCCGACAAAGUCCGGCUUGGAUUCUCGUUGUCAGUCUGUUCCCGUAUGGACGCGAUUGAAUCCGCUCCGAUUCGUUACGCAUCAGGGAAGGUAAAGCGUUCUAUUCAUCGAAACUCGGUUAAUUUCCUCGUGAAUGGUGUAAUUUAAUCGAGAGGAAGCUUCGUUAAAUAAACGCUGUGCAAGGAGCGAUCUAGAAAAAGAUAGAAAAGAAGUUGCACGGUCGAGAGCUUCGUUGGACCAAUCGCGAAUCUUUUUCGUACCAAUCGUGAUUCCUUUUCGUACGCGAACGAGGGGAUGAAACCAAACGAAACGUGAUAAUUACACAUGUAUUGCAUACGAUGAAAACAGAUGUCAAAUAUUUUUUAUUAAUAUCUCUUUUAUCGCACAAUCGUAGCUUAGCCGACACGAAAGAAAACAAGUUGUUAUUGGCUCGUCGCUUCAUCAACCGUUCGAGGGGUUCGAUCUGUUUCUCAACGAGAGACGGAUAAUAUCCUACUUGGAGGUAGUAGGAAAUAUUUCUACUGCUUCUUUCUAAAGUUUUUAGAGAGAGAGAGAGAGAGAGAGACGCAAUCGAAUGCGUUAUCAAAACUAACGAGAAAAUGUUAUAUCGCUACAACGUCGUAGAUAAAAGUUAUCGAAAGCAUAUAUUUUGGCCCUUCGGCGGUACUCGAAACGACAUCAAUUGCGUUUACUUCGAAAGGUUAUAAAAGCCGGAUCUAGCGUUAUUCGGAGAAACGAAAAUAAAAAGGAAUCAAAAUGUACAUUUCGAUAAAAAACGGCUCGAGCCCUUAUGUCCUUUUUGAUACGACUUUGUUGGACAUAAAUCUAGAAUGCUGGGGAGUUUCUCGUUCGAUCGUUAGAGAUUUGACAAAUUACGAUUAAUCGUCCGUGCUUCUCAGCCGUCGUCUCGAUUGAAUUUUUCCGACGAGCGAAGGAUCGGAGCUUUAAGUAGCGGUCGACCAACUCUUCCUCUUUAUCUCGUCCUCUCGUUUUCUUUACUCUCUUUCCCUUCGAGUAGACGUAAAUAUAGCUGGAGAGUUUAGUCCUCCGUCCAUUUCGUCUCUCUCUCUCUCGCGCGCGCUAGUAAAUUAAUAGGAAUUGUUCUAUUCUUCGAAGAUGACUCUAUCGCUAAAUAGACGGAUUUUCUCUUUCCCUUUCACGAAAUUGUUCGUAGAUAAAAAGACAAACGUUUAAAUGUUGACGCACGUUCUGCACGUCCGAUAAUAGACCCCUUCUUCCUUCCAAGGGAUCGUUUUUCGAGAAUAAUGUCGUAGAAAUUUCAUUCGAGCGUAGCGACGAGUACUCGUUUUGAAAAAGGUUGUUCCGUCGCGGUUGAAUCUAACGCGGUGAUGGAAAGAAAUAUAUCCAUCGAGUCUGGUAAUCGUCGUUCAACCUGUACUCAGGGAGUCUCUCGGAAUAAUUAACGUCAAUCGUCGAAUAAUAGAAAAACUAUUCCGAAUGUUUCCUUUCGGAUCUUUCAUUUUCCCUCACCUGCCUUUCCUCCACUCGAGAUAAAACCGCGAAACACAUCGAAAUGUCUAAAAUACCUUUUCUGAAUCAUACGCAAGUGUCGUAGACGUAAGAAGCACAGAACCUAAGUACGUAACUAUACCUACCACCUACCUACCUACCUACCUACCUACCUACGUUGCAUAUUUGCCGAUAUCGUGUAUUUAUCCGGUCGAAGAAACGAUAAGAUAAAUUAUCCUUUUAUCGCGUGUACAUACAUACGUACAUACAUAAACAUAGUCGUGAAUAAGUUGUGAAAAUUCUUUGCGAACGUAUGGGCGCACGUUUGUAUUUUCGAUGAGAAAAUAACGGCGUAAUUGGAAUAUAAAUAAUAGGCGUGUUUCGUAAGUAUUAAUUGCUUUUGAACUUUCUUUAAACAGUUUAUUCAAAGUUUUUCCACCGCAUUACUUCUCGUUGUUUCGAAAGAAUAGAACAUACCGACGAGAAUUUUACGUCGAGAGUUUUUAAAGGGGAACAUAAUCGAGCUUGUAGCGGAUGAAUUAUUCUUCUUAUAAAUUAUGAUCAACGGAAUACACGAAAUGGAAGUACCGCUUCGGCCGUAUCGCGUAAUCAGUUCUAAACCGUGUUGUAUACGAGUCUAAUUAAUUUAUACGUUCGGUCGUAACGUUUUCAUUUAAACUUCGAUAUCUGUAUCUGAUCGUAUAAUGAAGUUUCGAAUAUUUCAAAUGAUCUCUUCGUGCACGUAGGUGGUACCAUGACAUUCGAUUCGAAACUUUCGGUUAUAAGAUCUUUUAUACCAUCACAUUCUUCUAGAUAUUUCGUCAAACAUUACGUCUCGUCUACGUAAGAGUAAAAAAAGUAUUCCCUGUAUAUACACGUACGAUAAUCCUCAAACGAGGAUCGUUUGAGAUAAAUAAUAUUUUGUGACCAAAAAUAUUUCUCAUCCGAUUGAACAAAUUUUAUCGCUAUAUAUAGUUAUGAAUUAGUCCAUUCGUGUCGCCUUAAUAUCGCGCGACAAAGGGACCUUUUAUAUAGAUUUAGUCGAAUUAACAAAAGUAUCGUCAGACCAAAGAGGGUAUUUUUCUCGAAAAAUUGCGCGCGUUCGAAAGCAGGCAGAUAAUAACGCUUCGUUAUUUUAUUUCGAAACGAAAUGAGAUAAUUAUACCCAUAUUACGAGUAAUUCUUGCGACGACUGAAAGAUUGCGAGCGAGAUGGUAAAAUAGUUCAGCCUUUUUAAGGUUGAAAGCAGGCGUGGUAAUUAUAACUAGUUGUGUUAUCGCGAUCGAAUAAAUCUAUUUAGUCUUAAGUUAUUCCAAUUAGCUUCUCUCAAAUUUUUCCUUUCUACGUCGGCCAUAUGAAAAUAGAAAUGGAGCGUGUCUAUUACUUGAUAAUUUCAUCAAACGUUCGAAACGAGACAAUGGAACAAGGUUAAAAUUUUUACACGGUGCCUCGUAAUCGAUUUUUAGACGCAACGAGGCAGGAUCCUUUAUUAAGGACGGACACGUUUUAAGGACGAUAACUGUGUUAACCGUAGGUGUAUACGCACACGCAUACGCACAGAGAGGGAGAGAGAGAGAGAGAGAGAGAGGAGUGCGUGCGCGCGUGUGUAGGUAUAUACGUAUAGAAAUCUGCGCAGACACUUGGCUACAUUACGCAACGAGUCCAAUGUCCGACGCUCCGAUCAUGGAGAAUCUCGUUAAUCGUUCGUUAACGUAUCUAUUUCGUUAAGCUACGCCAUAUUGACCGUAGUAUCAAAAAAGUAACACGAAACGUCGUCUUCCGACGGUAUAUGAAACCGUUGGAUAUUUCUCUGAUAUCACUUGUAUAAAGUUCUCCUAUAAAUAAAUUCAAAUUUGUGAAUAUAAA